UAUGAAUCCGCGUGCCCUCGUGAGGCAGCGCUGCUCGCGCUGAUGGAGAGGACGGGUUACAGCAUGAUCCAAGAGAACGGACAGAGGAAGUACGGUGGACCACCGCCAGGCUGGGUGGGAAAGCCUCCUCCAAAGGGAUGUGAAGUGUUUGUGGGUAAGAUUCCCAGAGACAUGUAUGAAGAUGCACUGGUGCCCCUGUUUGAAAGGGCCGGCACAAUCUACGAGUUCAGACUGAUGAUGGAAUUCAGUGGAGAGAACAGAGGCUAUGCUUUCGUCAUGUACACCACCAGAGAAGCAGCCCAAAGAGCUAUCCAGCUGUUUGAUAAUCAUGAAGUCCGCCCGGGUAAGGUAAUUGGAGUAUGUGUGAGUUUGGACAACUGUCGCCUCUUCAUUGGCUCCAUUCCAAAGGACAAGUCGAAAGAGGAGAUAAUGGAAGAAAUGAGCAUGGUGACGGAUGGAGUUGUUGAUGUGAUCUUCUACUCCAGUGCCACAGACAAGAGUCGCAAUAGAGGCUUUGCCUUUGUAGAGUACGAAUCUCACAAAGCUGCAGCCAUGGCCCGCAGGAAACUCAUCCCUGGAACUUUUCAGUUGUGGGGGCAGACCAUCCAGGUAGAUUGGGCAGAGCCUGAGAGAGAUGUGGAUGACGAUACAAUGCAACAUGUCAGCGUUGUCUAUGUACGUAACCUGAUGCUGGACACCAGUGAGGAGACCCUUUAUCGGGAGUUCUCCCACUUCAAGCCAGGUGCAGUGGAGCGUUUGAAGAAGCUGACUGACUACGCCUUCGUCCAUUAUCGCUGCCGCGAGGAUGCCCUCACAGCCCUGAGCCUCAUGAAUGGCGCCCUGAUCGACGGGGUCCCUGUGGAGGUCAUGUUGGCCAAGCCAGUGGGUAGCAAAGAACGAGGUGCUCAAGGGAGGAGCUAUAGGAACAGGGCAUACAAAGGGAACAAUGUAGGAGGAUGCGUACGGACAGAGGGCAGGGGAGCAGGAAUGAAGGGGGGCACACCGCCACGGCCCUUUUCUCUGCCACUGCUCCAAGGGAACCCCUUCGACCCUAGAGCAAGAGGAGACCCAGGGAGAUGUGCAGUUCCCUUAAACUCUGGUACUCCCCUCACUCCAACCAGCCUCCGCGCCGUGAAGCCUGGCCAGCUCUCCACUGCCGUCAGCUUGCUGGAGUCAUACUGUGACCGAUGCACCUGGUCACCGCCUGAGUACUACCUCUUCUCCACUCUCGGUCAAGACGGCAAACUGCUGCUCAUAUACAAGGUUGUGAUCCCAGCUAUUCAUAGCAGCUACAUGCCAAACAGCCUGUGUACUCUUCUGGAAGAUGCAAAAGAACUAGCUGCACAGUACACACUCUGGAGCCUGGCCCCCACAUGCAGCCAGGUCCUUCCAAUUCUUCAGAAGCUGGAGAAGCACUUCACUGUGGAAGAGAAAGACACAGUGUUUGUGUCCAGCUUGAAGCAGGCCGUCUGGCAAAACCUCUCCAAACGGUACCAGGGUGAUGACAUCAGACACUUCCUUGAAGAGGCCACUGCACUAGACCCACGUUUCAAGCAAAAAGUGGAGGACAGCACUGUCUGGGACCGGGUCAAGGAAAAGUUGAGGACAGGAAAGCUGACUGAGUCCGAGCAGCCAACAGAGCAUGCCCAUGGAGAAGACAACAAAGAGAAAUUGAAGCGAAUGCUACUCUCCUCAGUAGAGGUAUCGGUGGCUCUUCCAGUUGCCUGGCUGCUGCUGGCCCUGGUCCGACCUACACCAGUAGAAAGCUUCCUCCCUACCCCCUCCCCACCUACAUUCCCCCCAAUCAACUUUUUGCUGAUGGAGCAGGACCCAGAUGCAGACAGCGGAGACUGGCUGGGCUAG